AUGUCUACCACGUCUAAUACCGAUACCACCACCGCCAACACCACAACCACUGCUACCACCAAGGUCAAUCCCGAGCAAGCCGUUGCCUUUGCCGCCCUUAUCAUUGCCGACGACAACCUCGCCAUCACGCCCGAGAAGCUCCAAACUCUCCUCAAGGCCGCCGGUAUCACCGAGGUCGAGCCCAUCUGGGCCACGCUCUUCGCCAACGCAUUCAAGGACAAGGACGUCAAGGACAUCCUCACUGCGGUCGCCACUUCUGACCCUGGGGCUGGAGGUGACGCCGUUCCGCACGGUUGCCACUGUAAUGAGCACGCGGAUGGCGGGUCUGAGGCCGAUGGUAUUGAUAUCGGCCUGCAGUCUGACAGUGACUCGGACAUCUGUGGAGGGUGGUUCGAUUAA